UCCUUAUCAACAACACCCGGCACGAGGCCAAUCUGCUUCCAACGGCAUUCGGCCGAAGUGUGACUCGCCGAAAACACUACUCUUUGGGAUCGGCUGGACUACAAACAUGUUCGUCCUUCUCCGCAAGCUUGGACGCCUCCUCUUCCUGCACCUUUUCCAUGCGGGGGCGUUGGACCACGAAGGAUGAAAGUUUAGUCUACGAUAUCAGCGCUGGCUGAUUCUUUUGUCUUUUUUUUUUUUUUUUGUUCUGAAAUCUAGAUCUCUGCUCGAUUCCUCACGUACUUCACGGAGACCAAGCAAAUAAGUCGACAUUGAAUGUGCAUGAAGUAUAAUGGCCUCCUCUGCUAGUGUCAAACGGACCGGAUCGCAGACGACUCCGAGCACUCCCUCGAAGUUGCAGCUCAUUAAAUCGCACGUCUGUGAUUUCCCGGGCUGUGGAAAGACCUUCACGAGAGCCGAGCAUCUACGCAGGCACGCGCUGAACCAUCAGCAGGAUGAUAAUUCGUGCGAACGGUGUGGUGUUCAUUUCACCCGUCCGGACCUUCUGGGUCGACACAUGAUGCGUCACGCGAAAAGAGACGAAGAAGCUGGAGGUCCAGGAUUGGGGGUGCUGGAGACGCGCAAACGCACUCGUCGAGCACCAGAUGGGACGAUUGUGACCAGACCAACGAAGAAGCAGGCAAAAGCGGCCGCGGCAGCGGCCGCUGCUGCCUCUCAGACGAGAGAUAACUAUAUGUCUUCAUCAUCAUCAACCCAAAGCUCAUGCGGAGCCAGCAUGACUUCGGAAAGUCGACGCAUGGAUGCGGAAUCGAUGACUACGCCUAGUUCACACUGCGCAUCUAGUCGAGGGGGAGAACACAAACAGAACAAUGACCAGCCUCCACUUGGAGCUCCAGUGUCUCCUCCUCGGUCGACUCAUGAUUCCGGUUCUAGUAUCCGUAUGGAGAGCAACCUUGCAGGGUCCUGCGAUACAAUGAACAGCCCAGAGCCAUUCCUGGCUCCGAUGGUCCCUGGUGGCCCUUACGAACCAUAUGUGGAACCUCUCCCAGGACAAUUCGAUGCCGCAGAUGGCUCAUGGCAAACCCACUCUGGUGGACUUGACAGUAUCAACGAUGACUUUUUCAAUCUGGAUACAGCUACCUCAUUCAACAUGCCCUUCGCUGCCACCCUGAACUAUAACUGGUUGUUCGACGUGUCCUCGCUUGACGAUGCAUUCAGCCAUGCUGAUAUCCCGUUGACGACAGACAUGGCAAACUUCGCCGAGCCGGUCCCUGACAUGUGGUCUCAGCCGUUUCUUCGAGCGGACGGGCAGUUGCUGGAGACAGCAAUAUCGCCGGGAAAUGGUGACUCCUUCUUCGACGUAAACAUGAGCCCAAACUUCGGAAGAAAUACCGCCGCCUUUCAAGAAAGCUCUCUAGAACAUGGCCGUGGAGAUCUUCGUGACCAGGAAGGCCCUGUCGAAACGGACUCCUCCAGGUCAGCGCCAACUUAUGAAGCUCCUGUGUCAGAGAGCGAGAGCAAACAGAUACCUGAUUUCUCGAACCUUGAUUGGAUGGGACCAGUUGAGCAAACAGGCAUUGGAAACAGUCUUCCUCGUCUCAAUGAGGAUGCGAGGGCGGGAAUUCUCAGCAUAGUGUCCCAGUCGCAUCCGACAACGCCUGAAGGCACACGUAUCGACAUCUCCUCGCACCUUCUUACAUUGUCAGCAUUGCAAGAGUACUGCGACUUGUUCUUUACACGCUUCAAUACGUCAUAUCCUCUUAUACAUCAAGCCACAUUUGAUCCCAAUACAGCUGAUCGGAUCUUCUUGGCCGCUAUACUCUCGCUAGGUGCCACCUACAGUAGCCGGGAAGCUCAUCAGCUGGCAGUUCGGAUACACGAUACUCUUCGAAACCACCUUUUUGCUCAUGCAGCGUUUUCCGCCCAGCCAGACCUCUGGUUGUUGCAGACUAUGCUUCUGAUUGAUUGCUUCGGAAAAUUGAGGGCUGGUCAGAAACAGCGCGAUAUGGCGCAAUUAUUCCAUUGCGUCCUUAUCAAGCUCAUCCGGAGAAGCGACUGUCCAAUUAUCAAAACAGCUGGGGCCACUGAACGGCCGGAGGAUAUUGAGACGGCAUGGAGGAAUGCAAUGAAUGCGGAACAACGCAAACGACUGGCAAUGCACUGCUUCAUGUGGGACACCCAGCAUGCGGUUCUUUUCUCGCAGUCUCUAUGUAUGUCUGCUUUCGAAAUCCGCUCAUCUUUGCCUUGCGAUACUGCGUCCUGGGAGGCCCCGUCGGCGGAAGAGUGGUUCAAGUGCUCUGUGAGAGAAGGGACGCACCCUCCGUUCUUGUCUGUUCUGAAGGCAUAUAUCACUCCCAGUGCGAUGCCACGUCCUCGUCAUCUCAAUGCCAUGGCGAGGAUAUUCUUACUCCAUGGUCUCAUGUCAGUCUCUUCUGAUCUCAAGCGUCGCGAUCAAACAACAUUGCGAUCAGGGACACCAGACCUCGCUGGAGCUUGGAAGGCACGUAUGGGACGAUCCUACGACCUUUGGAAAGCGGACUUCGAUGCCGACUGUAUGACUAUGAAGCUCAACCAGAGAGCGGACCUGCGCAAAUUUACAGGCCUCAAAACUGCCAGUCACGUUCUCUAUCAUGCUGCGCACAUUACAUUGAAUGUCGAAGUGCUGGACUUGCAGAUCUAUGCUGGCGCACCGCAUAUUCUAGGCCGUAUUGUCACUGCUUCUGACUUCGAGCGCUCCCAGCGGAUUGUGACGCGAUGGGUAAACGAGGACCCAAGGUCUGCUUCCAAGGCUGCAAGGCAUGCCUCUUAUAUCUUGCAAGAUGCUGUCAUGAACCUGAAUGACUGGGACGACACCGAGGUCUUCCAUUAUUCUUGGUGUCUUUAUUUGGCCACAUUAACUUGCUGGGCCUUCCAUCUCCCUACCUCCACUUCUGGCGAGAGGAGACUUCCCUCGGCCGAUGGCGUCGAUGCCAAAAAUGAGAUGGCUGCCAUGUUGAUUGGCAUGACCACAUGUAACAGUCUCGAGGAGUUGUCCGCCCUGGCAGGCCGUUUUGACACCACGGGGCUAACCGCCAUAAUGGCGAAACAGCUUGCGACGGUGCGAUGGGCGGUGGUCCACGACGCGAUGAAGGUACUAUUACAUCUGUCUGAAUCACGGAGAGUUGCAUACGCAUAAUGAGUUUAUGAAAUCUCCUUCCUAUAUGUCUUUAUGGAUUCUAUAUCCGCCAUUUAUGGUGAUAUUUGUCGAAUUUUCUUAUUGUUCAGGUAUCUGGCAAUAUCUAUCAUUUCUCUUUUUGCGUUUAUU